GGAAUCCACGCUUUCAUAGGAGCACCAGAUCGCCCUCUGCUCUUGUCGGAACUCACACUCGAAGCAUCUUUUUUUUCGAAAGGACAAGCAAAAGAAAGUUCGUCACAGUCUCUCUGCGUCUCUGUGUGGGAGGCUAUGGCGGAGAUGGGCCCGGCGGCGGAGGUGUGCGCAUGGCGGCCAGUGCAGGUGUGGCGGUCGCUGAUGGACUGGGUGGCGUUUGUGGUGCAAAUAAUCGUGCAGAUCGCGAGGGGGGCCCAGUUCGCGCUUUCCCACAUCGGCCUUGCCACACUCCCUCUCCCUUCUCUUCUCGCUUCCUUUUCCUCUUCUUCUCCCUCCUUCAAGCCCUUACCCUCUGUGGAGCUCUCUCUCCACGACUCCAAUUCUUCUCCGCAUGUUUGCGUCGACAGCUGCGCGGGUGAAGAUAGCGGCCACGAAGACGAUCACCGCGUCGAAAAGCUGACGGUAGUUCUUGAUUUGGAUGAGACUCUAGUAUGUGCAUACGAAACUUCUAGCUUGCCUGCCAUUGUUCGUAAUCAAGCAGUAGAAGCUGGAUUGAAGUGGUUCGAGAUGCAAUGCGUAUCUGCGGACAAGGAUUCUGAAGGAAAGGAAAAGAUCAAUUACGUGACGGUGUUUGAACGUCCCGGUUUGCAAGAGUUCUUAGAACAGAUUAGCGAGUUUGCAGACCUUGUUCUAUUCACUGCUGGUCUUGAAGGUUAUGCUAGACCACUUGUUGACAAAAUAGAUGCAGAGAACCGAUUUUUCCUUCGCCUUUAUCGGCCUUCAACAGUUAGCACUGAAUAUCGAGAACAUGUGAAGGAUCUGUCAUGUUUAUCAAAAGAUCUCUGUCGCAUUGUCAUUGUUGAUAACAACCCAUUUAGUUUUCUGCUGCAACCGCUGAAUGGAGUACCAUGCAUUCCAUUCACCGCUGGACAGCCAUAUGAUGACCAGCUUUUGGAAGUCCUGCUUCCACUCCUCAAGCACCUCUCCCUGCAAAAAGAUGUUCGGCCUGUACUUUACGAGCGGUUUCUCAUGCCAGAAUGGUUUCAAAUGCAUGGGGUUCCUGUUUCUUGAUUGACAGUGUGAGAUUAGUUAGGUCACAUGGACAAGCAUGAUAUUUCUGGGACCCAAGCACAGGUAUUUUGUAGAAGAACAUUUCAACUUGAUAUUAUCAGUUCUUGUAUAUUGUCAUUGAUUGGGCAGCUGUGAACCAUUGAAUUCAAGACUUUUGGGAUAACCUGCAACAAUUAUGGUUUAUACUAUCAGAGAAAUAUCCGGACAGCAGGUUUAUCAAAGAUUUGAGUUGACUUCUCAUUGUGUAUUAACACACGAUCUCAAAUGAAUUUGUAAGGUUUCAAAUUUGUUUAGGUUCAGCUGUCAUUGUCCAAGUAACAAUUUGUUGCUUUUGAUAUGUAAAUGAGUUGAAGUAGUGAGCUUUUAUCUUUUGCAAUAUAACCAAUCUGGGUAAUCUCCCACAUUUGAGUAUUUUCGUUGA